AUGGGGAAGGUGGAAUUGGGGAGGCUGGUGCCUAAGAACUACCAGCAUGUCUUGGCCUUGGUGUUUGCCGUUAAUAAGAUCAACCAGGAUCCCGAGCUGUUACCCAACAUCACGCUGGGGUUCCGCAGCUACGAGAGCUUUUUCAGUCCCAGGAAGACCUAUGAGAGCUCUUUUACCCUGCUCUCCACCAGGUACCUAAUGAUCCCGAAUUACAGCUGCGACACCCAGGACAAGUUGUCAGCUGUCAUCAGGGGGCUUGGGUCUGAAAUGUCCAUCCACAUGGCAACCAUCUUAGGCAUCUACAAUAUCCCACAGGUAAGUCCUUUUUUGAAACAUGUCCGAUUUAACAACAGUGCCGGGGACGAAGUGUAUUUCGAUGAGAACGGUGAAUCAUCAGCUGGAUACGACAUUUUAAACUGGAUCAUUUUUCCCAACAAUUCCUUCAUCAGAGUCAAAGUGGGUCACGUGGACCCGCAGGCUCCUGUUGGCCAAGAAUUCACCAUUAAUGAGGCAGCCAUUGUUUGGAACAGCAGGUUCAAUCAGACAGUGCCACGGUCCAUGUGCACUGACAGCUGCCGUCCUGUAUAUGUUAGGACAGUUCGGGAGGGGGAGCCACUUUGUUGCUAUAACUGUGCUCCAUGCCCAGAAGGGACCAUUUCCAACCAGACAGAUGCGGAUCAUUGUGAUAGGUGCCCAGAAGAUCAGUAUCCAAACAGGGACCAAGAUAAAUGCAAACCCAAGUUUAUGAAUUUCCUUUCCUAUGAAGAACCUUUGGGAUUUGUUUUGGCUUCUUUUGCUUUUUUAUUUUCUCUUCUCACAGUGCUAGUGCUAGGAAAGUUUAUUAAGCACCGGGAAACUCCGAUAGUGAGAGCCAACAACCGGGAGCUCAGCUACAGCUUGUUAUUCAUUGGCCAGCCUGGCCGGGUGACCUGCCUUCUCCGACAAACAGCUUUUGGUGUCAUCUUCUCUGUCUCUGUUUCUUCUGUGUUGGCAAAACCCAUCACUGUGGUUUUGGCCUUCAAGGCCACGAAGCCAGGAGUCAGCAUGAGGAAAUGGCUGGGGAGAAGACUGGCCGGCUCCAUCAUUGUUUCCUGUUCCCUUAUCCAAGCUGGGAUUUGUGCUGUCUGGCUGGGAAUUGCUCCCCCAUUCCCAGACCUUGACAUGAAAUCAGAGGUUGGACACAUCUUAGUGCAAUGUAAUGAGGGGUCAAACACCGCCUUCUACUGUGUCCUGGGCUACAUGGGCUUCCUGGCCAUUGUCAGCUUCAUGGUUGCUUUCCUAGCCAGGAAACUGCCUGAUACUUUCAAUGAAGCCAAGUUCAUCACCUUCAGCAUGUUGGUGUUUUGCAGCGUGUGGGUCUCCUUCAUCCCCAUUUACCUGAGCACCAAGGGGAAAUACAUGGUGGCUGUGGAGAUCUUCUCUAUCUUGGCCUCCAGCGCUGGGCUACUGGGCUGCAUCUUCAUCCCCAAGUGCUACAUCAUUGUGCUGAGGCCUGACCUGAACACUAGGGAGCAGCUAGUUAUGAAAUCCAAAUCUGGGACACAGGAAUUAUGA